GUGUGUGCUCAGGGGGUUUCUUUGCCAUCUGCGAGGACCGCGCUCAUGUGUUUGUGUGUUCAGUCUUAUGCACACACAAUAAACUUUUCUACCGGACACCAGAUAGAAUUUCAAAGACACCUGCACCGAAAACAAUAAUAUUCGGAACAUUUCUUCCGGACAAAAACCUUGAACUGCUCUGGAGAUCCUUUUUCUUUUGUGGCUUUUAGUACCCUUUUCAACGAUUUCUGUUUCAUUCGAAACAGGAGCUCGGAAACAUGUUGAGGAGAGGAGGUAUUUCUUUUGAAAGGUUCCCGAAGUUGGGACGCCAAUGACGCGCGAUGCAAGAGGAACACACACUCUGGGCGUCACUGAACUCAUCUAGAGGACCUCAUCUCAUCUCCUCCCCCUGCUUAACUCUACUGACCUCCUCCCCUCCUACCUCCCUCCUCCAUCCCAGUUAAAGACUCCCCCUCCUUAACUCUACUGACCUCCUACCUCCCUCCUCCAUCCCAGUUAAAGACUCCCCCAUAUUAACUCUACUGACCUCCCCUCCUACCUCCCACCUCCAUCCCAGUUAAAGACUCCCCCUCCUUAACUCUACUGACCUCCUACCUCCCUCCUCCAUCCCAGUUAAAGCCUCCCCCCUCCUUAACUCUACUGACCUCCUCCCCUCCUACCUCCCUCCUCCAUCCCAGUUAAAGACUCCCCCUCCUUAACUCUACUGAGCUCCUCCCCUCCUACCUCCCUCCUCCAUCCCAGUUAAAGACUCCCCCAUAUUAACUCUACUGACCUCCCCUCCUACCUCCCUCCUCCAUCCCAGUUAAAGACUCCCCCUACUUAACUCUACUGACCUCCUCCCCUCCUACCUCCUCCAUCCCAGUUAAAGACUCCCCCUCCUUAACUCUACUGACCUCCCCUCCUCCCUCCCUCCUCCAUCCCAGUUAAAGACUCCCCCUACUUAACUCUACUGACCUCCUCCCCUCCUACCUCCUCCAUCCCAGUUAAAGACUCCCCCUCCUUAACUCUACUGACCUCCCCUCCUACCUCCCUCCUCCAUCCCAGUUAAAGACUCCCCCAUAUUAACUCUACUGACCUCCCCUCCUACCUCCCUCCUCCAUCCCAGUUAAAGACUCCCCCAUAUUAACUCUACUGACCUCCCCUCCUACCUCCCUCCUCCAUCCCAGUUAAAGACUCCCCCCUCCUUAACUCUACCUGUGAGAAGAAAGCUAGUGGGCGGGCCCACUGUAUGAUUCCAUUACCCACUUCUUAACACCUGUGAAACACUGACCAAUCACCAUGCAGACAUCAUCUCUCCGCCGCCAGGUGAAGAACAUGGUCAACCAAUACUCAGAGGCAGAGAUCAAGGUCCGCGAGGCGACCUCCAACGACCCGUGGGGCCCCCCCUCCUCUCUGAUGUCAGAGAUCGCUGACCUGACCUUCAACGUGGUGGCGUUCACUGAGGUCAUGGGCAUGAUCUGGAAACGCCUCAACGACAGCGGGAAGAACUGGAGACACGUCUACAAGGCCCUGACUCUACUCGACUACCUGAUCAAAACAGGCUCGGAACGUGUGGCGCAGCAGUGCAGGGAGAACGUCUACACCAUACAGACCCUACGGGACUUCCAGUUCACAGACAGGGAUGGCAGGGACCAGGGGGUGAAUGUUAGGGAGAAGGCCAAGCAGCUGGUGGCCCUGAUGAGGGAUGAGGAGAGGCUGAAACAGGAGAGGACCCUGGCCCUGAAGACCAAGGAGAGGAUGGCUGGAGCAGCCGCAGGGUCAGGGAUGGGCUCUGGUUCUCUACCUCCACCCUACCCAGGCCGCCGUACCAGCCAGCCCAGCAUGACUGCUCUCUACGGGGAUGACUUCAGCCGGUCCAGGGAGUCCCAUUCCUCUUUCAAUUCCGCCUCUUCCUCUCCUCGCCGUGCCGCAUCAGAUAUGGAGCAGGCCCGCCCGCAGACCAGCGGGGAGGAGGAGCUACAACUGCAGCUGGCUCUGGCCAUGAGCCGAGAGGAGAGUGAAAAGCCUGCUCCCCCGGUGGACAUUGAUGACCAGACCCAGCUCCAGAUCGCCCUGAGCCUCAGCAAGGAGGAAGCUCAGAAGCCGGCCUCGCCUCCUCCGGUUGCCUUGGAUAUGGAUGAAGAGAGACAGCUCCAGAUCGCCCUGAGCCUGAGCAAAGAGGAGCACCAGCAGGAGCAACGGAGUCGCCAAGGAGACGAGUCGUUGCUCCAAAAAGCUCUGGAGGAGAGUAAACGAGAGGCGGCGUCUGGUGGAAUUGGGUCUGCCAUGAUGGAUCUGGUGGAGGUGUUUGCUGUGUCGUCUGAGGUGCCUCCUACUGCUAGUGCCAACUCUUGGAUCCUGCCAGGGGGGAACGUCCGCACCCCUCUCCACCACCCCCUCCCCCAGGCCCAGGCUGCUGCUGGGCCUGGUCACCUGCCUGGGGAUGGGGCAGCCUCCGACCCCUGGGACUCACUGGUGGAGGCUCGCUCCAACCCCGCUGUGAUAGAGUCUCCCUGGAUGGUUCCUCCCACCUACGGUAGCCCCGCCCCUCCUUGGGAGCGUAGCCUGUCCCCUCCGGACCCCUGGGAGACCCCGGGGGUAGUAGACCCAUUCUCUAUCCCAGAUGCUCUUCGAACUGGCAGCCCUACAGAUGGUGACUUGUUUGACGAGGCGAUGGACGGAGGUCAUUUCAGCCUGAACAGUCGAGGUGAGGGUGAGGGCAGCCCGGAGCUGUUUGAUCUGUCUCGCAUAGGGGACAGUCUGGGGGUCCCCAGCCCUCGGACCUGCCGGACCCCUGAAUCCUUCCUGGGGCCCACAGGGGCCUCCCUGGUCAAUCUGGACAGCCUGAUACCAGCCAACCCCCCAGCCAAGACCAAGAACCCCUUCCUCUCAGGUCUGAGUACUCCAUCUCCCCUCAACCCGUUCCAGAGUGAACAACCUCGUCUCACUCUGAAUCAGAUGCGUCCCAGCUCCACAUCCCCCGUUCCCCCCUCCGGUCCUCCCUCCCUGCCCUACAGUGCUUCUCUGCCCCUACCCGCCAGCCACCAGCCGGCCAGCCUGCCCUCCUCCCUCACCCAGCCAACCCAUGGAGCCCUGGACAUACCUGGGCUGCCACAGCCCCUGUUACCUCUUUCCUCCAUCUCGUCUCUGGGAGAGCAGCACAGUCAGAAUCCCUUCCUAUGAUGUCUGUCAAGGUGAACUGAACCCCAAAGAUGGAAGAUAGACCAACACCAACGUCUGCCCUGCGCAGAAGAUCUGCUGGGUGUCCACGAGCGGUGUCCUGCUGGGUGUCCACGAGCGGUGUCCCGCUGGGUGUCCACGAGCGGUGUCCCGCUGGGUGUCCACGAGCGGUGUCCCGCUGGGUGUCCACGAGCGGUGUCCCGCUGGGUGUCCACGAGCGGUGUCCCGCUGGGUGUCCACGAGCGGUGUCCCGCUGGGUGUCCACGAGUGGUGACGAUUCAGCAUGUGGAAUCGUCGAGAAAUGAAUAGAAAACGACGACCGAUGUUUUGUAGUCAGAUGUGACAGGACGCCCACCCGCUGUUGCAUGGCCGGAAUUCAUGUUGGUAUAUCCUCUAUCUCUGGUGGAUGGAACAGAGAAUAGACAUGACUCUUAUUAGGUUACUUCCUGUCAAUCUAACCUCAAGACUCAACAACUGGAAUUCAGACUGAACUGAAAUCCCCUUAAGUUGUUAUUUUGUUGUUGUUUUUCUAUGGGCUAUAGUACUGUAACCCUUAGAUUGCUGCCUCUGCUACGAUCUGCUCUAUGCUUUAACCACAACCUGUCCUGUUACUCCUCUCUGCUGAAGGGAGUGAUGGAGGCUACUGCCUCUGCUCGGGUCUGCUCUAUGCUUUAACCACAACCUGUCCUGUUACUCCUCUCUGCUGAAGGGAGUGAUGGAGGCUACUGCCUCUGCUCGGGUCUGCUCUAUGCUUUAACCACAACCUGUCCUGUUACUCCUCUCUGCUGAAGGGAGUGAUGGAGGCUACUGCCUCUGCUCGGGUCUGCUCUAUGCUUUAACCACAACCUGUCCUGUUACUCCUCUCUGCUGAAGGGAGUGAUGGAGGAGGAACGAGAGGUAGAAAGAAAGAGAAUAUGCCCAGAACGUGUUUAGGUCUAUAGUAACCUAAUCCUAAGCCAUGACAGAUCCUGUACAUACACGCCGACGCCCAGGCUCAUCCUCUGCUAUAGAAAGCAGUAGGUGAAGACGUUUCCAUGUUAAAGUAAUUAGCAAUACUUUACAGAUGAGUGUGUCUGCACUAACCUGGUCUCAGAUCUGUUUGUGCUGUCCUGCCAACUCCUAUGGAUCAUUGGCUAUACAGCAGAAACAGAUCUGGGACCAGGUUAGUUAACUGCUUUUCCAACUGCUUCUUACCCAGUCACAUGCCCCGAUUGGCUCCUCACUGUUGCUCCUGAUCCAGCACUGAACUGAUUGUACACCAGCUAUGCCUGCUUAUCUCUCCGACCGACGGACCACAAUGCACUGGGACAGGACGCCCACUGUUCCUGCCGCACUGCUCUAUGCUGAUUGGUCGGUCCGCUCUCUGGACUGCUUUCAUUGGUUGGCUCUUUCUCGCCUAUUAUCUCUCCCAUGAUGCCCCAGGGGAUAACUCGGACAAGUCUGUUCAGGAGGAUGUAACGUUACAGAAUGCUUAGAUAGAAAUGUAUCAUGUAGAACAGAUGAUUGUCUGCCAGAUAGAAUAGGGGAAGAGUGUCAGCUCUAUUCAAUCUAUUUCUAUCCGUUCAGAAUGUUUCCCAGCACAGACUGCAACUCAGAUAGAAAUGUAUCAUAUAGAACAGAUAUGAUUGUCUACCAGAUAGAAUAAGGGAAGUGUGUCGGCUCUAUUCAAUAUAUUUCUAUCUGUAAAAGUUCAGAAUGAUUCCCAGCACCGACUACAACUCUGAUUUCUGAGAACGAGCAUAGAACAUUCCACGCCGAUGAUGAGACGCCAGCCAACUCCCAUCAACAUAAUGAACACGGAGUUUCCUUUUUGUUGCAUUAGGCCUAGUAAGGCUCAGUCUGACUGAGUUCUUGUGUCAGGGUGGUUUGCUGUUGGAAUGGAACUGUGGUGAUGGUGAGAGAGAUUCUAAGGUAGUUCUAUUGUAUUGUAGUGGACUGGAGUCCCUUUUGAGGGAUAUCUGAAUGAAAUCUGCUUUUCAAGACCGGAACCACUGCAGGAUUCACUAUAGGGGGCAAAUCCUAACGCUCUCAAUUCAAGUUGAGUUUUGCAUUGAUGUCAAUGGGAGAAGUGGACAUUCAAGUGCAGUUAGAAGUUAGGAAGCAUUCGACCCUAUAAGCAACGCAACAUAUUAGAAGAAUGUAUGAAUUGAUAUCAUGAUUAUUUUCCCUCUCUCAUUGCUCGAUCAUUACUUGUGAAACACUGAUUGUCAUCAUCAAAUAUAAGAGUAUAAUGAACUAAUAACAACACCUGG